UCGGGCAACUCAUGGGGCCAAACCACCCCUCGGAUUUCUAUCUUUCGUAAAAUCCACUAUGUCUUUGAUCGAGAAUUCCAAAAUAUAGUAAACAUGGAUCUCAUUCCUCCGUCUUACGAAUCCGCAACGGACAGAGAUGCUUGGACAAUUAUUGCUCGCUACAUCCCUUCCAGCGACCUAUGCGCUGCAUCUUUGGUCUGCCACAGAUGGCAUGGUCUAUUUAUGCCCUUCCUCUGGGGUGAUCCUGCAUCUCAUUUUGGUACAGAUAACGAUGCAGUCUACGUGGCUCUCACUCGAUUCCGAAGAACACUCAAAUACGCCCGACAAGAGGUGCGGGCGUUGACCCAUACCCUUCAUCUCCCACCCGCUCUCUCAGAGAUAUAUGGUGGUCCGCGACCAGGCUGGUUGAGAGACAUUCUCGAAUGCCUGCCAUGUCUUCAGUGUCUGAUGGUCUCGAAGUUGCCUUUCUUUGACCACCAUGCCAUGGCAGCAUUGAAAACCCACGAGAGGUCCAGCCAGUAUAAUAUACGGCUCUUGCUGGCUGAACGUGAGCCGAAUACUACUUCCGCAAGCCUCGCACAGACUCUCCUCUUGUUUCCGGCAUUGACCUACCUGGAUCUUUCCUACACCACUCCAGCACGAGACCGCAAUGUACUAUCUACACUAGCUCAAAUGCCGUUUCUCCGGGUACUUAAAUUGCGUGGCAUAGGGCUGAAGGACAAUGACGCCGAAUUUCUAGCCAAUGCGAUUGGACGACGAGUCCGUUGUUUGGAUUUGAGAGACAACAUGCUCACUGACAUGGCAAUUCGUUCCCUGUUACAGGAAUCCUUUCUCCCGCCAGACGGGAGAGAAACGCAACAAAGUCCAAGGCAGGCCACGGCUUCGCCAGACCCCUUCUCCCAUUUUGCAAUCAAUGAGUCUGGCUCGGACUUCUUCAAACGGCCAGACUUGGAUGAGCAAUUUGCGAAGCUUCUCGCUCAGCCUGUUUUAUUCCAUCCAUGGGUUGAAGACCUGCCGCAUACGGGAAUCACACAUCUUUAUAUUACUGGCAAUCAAAUAUCUGUGGAAGCUGUGGCAAGUCUUUUGCUCUCGUCCCGGCUACACGCUCUGGACUUCGGGUCCAUAAAAACCCCAGACAAGGCACAUCAGGCGCAUCAUUAUGGGAAGGAGAGGUACCCCGGAGCCGAGAAGCUAGUCCCAAUCUUGGGUAAGAUUGCAGGGGACGAUUUGAUUUAUCUCAGAGCGCAUCAUGCUGUUCUCACUGGCCAACCACCAGCUAAAGAAGCUGUAUCCAAUGAUGAGUUUCUUCCGGAGCUUUCAGCACACGAGAGCCCCCGCGAAGUCGAGCAAUUCGAGUUGGAUGCCUCCCAGCAGGUUUAUGAGUUACCCGAAGAGACAAGACCUGUUUUUGAACUUGCGGAUACAUCAACGACGGACUCGAUUACCUCAUCUUCAACGACAAGAAGGCUAAAAACUUCCCAGCCAUUUACAGCCUACGAGGAUGAGCCUGCACCGCCGGUCAGGCGUGGAUCAGCUUUUGCUCCGGAGGCUGUACACUCCAUUCCUAUACACAGUAGCGCCAACGGAGGUACGGUCUUUGGUGUUUCUAGGACAGACACCUGGGAUACAGAGCAGGCCGAGGGAGGCACCUUGCCAUCCAUUUCGAUGUCUUCAGACUGCGACACGCUUGCGACAGAUUUCUCUCUCUCGACAACCAUGCAAUGCAGCUCCCCAAUAUCGCUGAACGAUUCUCUCGCGCAAAAGGUGCAGGAACUAUUGGCAAAGCGACCACGUAACCAAUCAAUCCCACUCCAAGGAGGGAAAGAAAGCUGGUACCCUUACCUACACCCAUCACAUAUUCCUCACAUGGAAACUUUGGUACUGACUGAUGUACCCUCGCAUGUGACGCCCAACUCAUCAAUACUCUCUGCGCUCACUCGGUUCAUUACUGCCUGCUCAAACGAAGCAUUGCUAGCAACUCUACAAGCAGGAUCAGACUACUCCCUCCCACCAGGGCAAGCGCGCAUGCAAGCCGAGCAGCAGCGGUCACGAUCUCUCUUUGGCUUGCGGCAUCUAGUUCUCGAAAUCACACCUGUGGAUACCUCCAAACUAACAUCAUGGAAACCCGGAAACCAAUAUAAUGCCACAGGCCAUUCAAGCACGGGUGAUCGUGACUCGGAGAAUCUUUGGUCUGCAGCCGCCAAUGAUUUCAGUUUCUUUGGUGAAGAAGAGUGUGGAGUUCCUGAAAAUGAUCCUGGCAAAUACUUUCCAAUGGCUGUCCUUAACGAAAAGGUCUCGCUUAUGCCCUCGGAGGAUGACUCGUUGCAUUCUCCCGAUUCUCCUCGAUUCGGGCAUCACCCUCCACAAAGUGCCAAGACCGGGGCUCUGCCAGGGACUACUGGAGACAGAAAGCAGCAUGUCCCGAUGAUUGACCUUGUGGCAGAGCUUGCAGGUUUUCGUCGCGGCAAGAAGGCUGAGUAUGAGCAAGUGGUUCGUCGCGCGAGAGGACGGCGAAGCACGCUUGGCACGGGUGCUUCCGGGCUACUUAUGCCAUCAUCGCCCCAUAUUUCUCUAUCGCAUUAUGUCGAAGGCCAUUGGAGGGGAGAGGUGAAGGUCGUGCGGAACCCGAUGCCAAAGGUGCGGACCGGAACGGUGGAUAUGUAUGGAAACUAUUUCGAGAAGGGUUACUUGUACCCAUAA